AUGGCAACUUUUCAUCAGAAUUCAAAAGAAGGUCGACCUCCGGACUCACCGGCAGGCCGGAAGCCCUCAAACCGGAAGUCAGGAUUGUCGCCGAUUAGAACAUGGCACACUAACCCCAACAAAUUCUCUUAUCUCAGCUCUAACCCCGAUCCGCUGGCCCAGAACCAGAACUUUAACAACGGCGCUUUCUUUGAAGUGGAGACAAGACUGGUACACGACCUAAACAAAAAUGUUCACGUUAGUGUAAAGAAGAAGUGUAAUAAGAUGGAAAAAAGUAGUUUGAAACAAAGUUUACCAAAGUUGCUUUGUCUCAAGAAGUCGCCCGUUCUUUUCAGUACAAGAGAUACAGCAAACCUAAACUCUCUCAAAACUUUAAACGUUAAUACAUUAGGAACGGACAACUGCCACAAGUAUCUAACAAAAAGUGCCUCUUGUUAUCUGGACAAUUUAAGUUCAGAGAACAAUCAAUGUGAUACAACUAACAUGUCGUCCCCUUUCCGUAGCAGUAGGUUAGAAAAUGCCAAGAAAAAUAGAAACAGCUUUCACCAAAACGUAGAGGAAGCUUUAAAUUCUUUGCUGUGGCAACCAUAUGAAUAUCAGGUUACUAGGAAUUCACAAUCGACUUCUCCAUUUAGCUCCUAUAGUAGUCCAUCGUCAUCUUACAACGACCUUGAUGAAAUCACAAAGAAUGAUGGUACUUCGGAGCAUUGCAGUUUUACAGACCUACAUCUUCCAACUUCAGCUUCAGAAAUGGUUAUUAACCUGCAAGCGGGCAACCUGACCGACCAAUCGCCGCGCGGUUCCCAGUCACAUGACCAGCACACAAUUCGUUCAACCAGUUGGCUGAGCGUAAGCGACGUAUUCAGUUUGACGGUGGAUGCCAGACAGCGCGGAGCGUGUAGUGAUUUCGCCGAAAGUGAUGUAAACAGUUAUUGUUGUGAUAUGCAAGUUAAUGUGCCGUUGAACUCUUCCAGUGUACCUCAAACCAACGUACUGCACAUCGCGGCCAGUGAAAAUGGGGUGAAUAAUAAUGCAUCGACUCAAAUUCAUAAUUCUAUGUUUCAAAAUAUUAACGAAACUAACCUGAGUUCCGCGAACGUUGUCGGCCUACCUAAUCAUGCUCGAUACUCGUCUGUUCCCGUGAGUACCAUUCAAUCAAGAUCUUCCACUAAUAAUAUCGUCCCUAAGCACUCGAGGAAUAUUUCAGAACCUUCGAAUCAGUUCUUCAAAUGUCAAAAUAACAAUAUAUUAACCCCGCAACCGGGGAGUUCUGUUCCUGUACAUUACAGGCACAGCACACAAGUGGAUCAUUCGAAUGUGCAACAAAUGAAUAAUUUCAGAAGUCAAUCAGUACCGAAAUGUGUGCCAAUACCCAGAUAUGAAAGUAGCAUUACUACUGCAACAAAUACAGUGCCUAGUACGCAAGUUAACAAUCCUAGAUUUACCCAGAAGAUCAACACUAACAAUGAUAUAAGCAAUGUUAAUGUCAAUUUUUAUAGGGCUGUACCGGUCAAUGUUAUCUCUUCAGUACCAACAAUUCACUGUUUAAACACUUUAAGCAAUGUGCAAGGAAAUGAGGUCUCUAACGUUCAGGUGUUACCACUCGGUAAUCCCAAUGUUAAUAACAGCAACUUGGUAACUUCAUCUACAAAUAAUUCACUUGUAGUAGGUACUACUCAAGUUAUACUGCAUAACACUCAAGGUAAUUCGAUCAACAACGAUAAAACGAAUUUCUUAAACCUUCAAACGUCAACUGUGAACGUUAGUACUGGUUGUACUAGUACAGCUACUAAUACGGUAACAAAUUUAUUUCCCCCUUCAGCAAAUAAUCAAGUGAUUGUUCAAAAUACGAGACCAGUCAAUUUUACAACUAUUCCGUUUGUAAACAAUACACAACAAGCAAAUACUAGUUUAAGAGCUAAUAUUCAAGUGGGUUCAAGUAGCCAAGUUCCUUUGAUAAAACCCAACAACGAAAACCGUACUUCCACCAGGACCUUUACUAGUACUGAGGCUCAAACAGAUGAGAUAUCCAUUCUUCCUCCAACUAACGAACAAACUUCUUCAGAUAGAGAACAGAGACGCAGAGAACGCCGUGAAAGACGUCAUCAACGCCGUAUAAACAACCGUCAAUCCGUUGACACUAGCACGCAGGUUAAUAAUCACAAUGACAGACUACCGGAUAUACUCAACAGUCAUCUACCGCCGCCAUAUACCACGUUAUCGAACGGUCAAAGUAUGAGCCCUGUGGUCAGCCCGAUGUCGCCGCUAAUGACUAAUUCCGCGAUAGUUCCGUCUCAAAUGAUGCCGCCCCCGCACGGCGCUGUUUUGCAGACGGUAGUUCCUAGUAACAUAGUGCCUACAAGUGGUUUCGUAUUUCAGGGUCCGCCACCUGUUGGACAAGUGCCACUUGUGCAAGGGCCGGCACCUGUGGCAGUGCCCGUGCCGCCGCCCACUGGAUUUAGGUUCCCGUUCCCCGCCAACGGAUUUAGAAGGGGCAGAUUCUCAGAAGACCCGCCAAAAGGAUGUUGUGGAAUCCUCACAUGGAAACCAGGCUCACUGCGGUGGUUCAUAGCCCUUAUUGCUUUAGUGGCCGUUUGCUGCGUUUUAGUCGGUACGGCCCUGGGUGCCAUGAGACCUUCCGGUAGAGAUCACCUAACCGUCUCACUGCUGAUGAUAGGUGUUGGUAUCGUCCUAGUAACAGUAAGCGGAGUAGCUUGGAGACUAACCUCCCACGACUCAUCAACUUGCAGAUCGAUGUUGGGCUUAGGCAGUACCGAAUCCGUCGAUGUGUGUACACGACGUUUCGUUCCACGACUUCCUCCGGCUUACGGUCGGCCACAUCAUCCCUACGCCGCCAUGAUGUAUCCAGAAUUCCAAUACAGGCCUCCGCCGCCUAGUUAUCAAGCUUCAAUGCAGGAGUAUCGGUUGCGAUUGUUACUUUUGGAGAGGGGGAAUACUCCUCAAAUACAAAGCGGGAUCCAUAAUGCUGUGUCACCACCGCCUACGUAUAGGAGUCAAUCUGGAAGUUUGUUGAGGGCUCCAGUCUCAGGUCGUCGAGACGCUACACAAUCGGAGUACAGCUGUCCGCCAUCUUACCGAUCUCAAAGUACGCGACCUGGAACUUUACAAUCAAACUCGGUACUUCACAGUAGAGAACAAUCUCUAAGCCUGUCCGAAUCCAACCAUGACGGCUCAAUGGUCAACGUAGUCAACAUCCUAGGUAGUACCGAGGAAGACAUCGCUUUGGACAACAUAACCUUAGAUUCGCUCAAGAUGGAACCUGAGCAUGACUUAAACCCUGUGAAAAUGUUACUAAAAGGAAGUUCUGGUGACUUCGAGGGAAGCAAAGACGGGAAUCUCGUCACCAUUGUACAAACUAGUGAUCAGAACCCAGUGAUUGUAACUGUUAGCGGUAGUUCACAAAUAGAUCAUAAUAGUUCUGUUCAAAUUACGGAGAUACCUUCUGAAAUGGAGAUCCUAGCACAUUUAUAG